AGGAAAGCAGGAAGACCUUCAAAGGCCUUAUCCAAAGAGCGAUUGGAAGGGUUGCUACGGCUUAAGAUACCGGUUUCCCGUAUUGCCGAAGACUUACAGGUAUCCCGUCCUACAGUGUAUAAAGCGAUAGCCGAAUACAAUCUACAAGAAACCCGUCACUCUGAUAUUCAGCAUGCUGUCUCUUCUAUCAAGGGGAAUCAUCCCAAUGCCGGCGAGGUUAUGCUGCAAGGUCACCUUAGAGCCCAAGGAAUCAAUGUUCAGCGCAGCAAAAUACGCAAGGCUAUACAUGACUUAGAUCCCUCUGUAACAACAAGGUAGAGGCCAGCAAUUCGGUGACGUGUUUACUCCUUGCCUUAUCCUAAAUAUUUGUGGCACCUUGACGGUAACCACAAAUUAAUUAGAUGGAGGUUUGUGAUACAUCACUGUAUCGAUGGUUUUAGCCGCCUCAUAACGUUCUGCCGCUGCUCAACAAACAAUAAGUCAGAAACUGUUCUUUCUUUCAACGAAGCUAUUCGCAGGUACGGCAGACCACAGCGAGUCCGCAGUGACCAUGGUGGAGAGAAUGUUUUGGUGUGGAGGGAUAUGACGUCGGCUUGGGGAGAGGAUGCAAGGUCUGUUAUUGUCGGGUCCUCGGUAUAUAAUCAGAAGAUAGAACGACAUAACCGAUCAGUUAACGAACACGAGCUAUCAGUUUUCAAGUCCGAAUUUUAUGACCUCGAAAGGGAGGGUGUUCUUGUAUGGGGCGCCGUUUGUAAAAAAAAUUAUUUGGCUUAAUUUUGUCAUUUUUUUCGUUAUUUAUUAAAUAAAGUUUUCUGAUAUGAUAUCAUACGUCAAUGAUUUGAUAUAAUAAAUGUUGAUUUCAAAUCAUGCGUUUAUGAUUUGAUAUAAUAAAUUAUUAUUUAAAAUCAUGCGUUUAUGAUUUGACACAAUAAAUUCUGAUUUCAAAUCAUACCUUUAUGAUUUGAUAUAAUAAAUUAUUUUUUCAAAUCAUACCUUUAAGAUUUGAUAUAAUAAAUAUUGAUUUCAAAUCAUAAGUUUAUGAUUUCAUAUAAUAAGUUCUGAUUUUAAAUCAUAAGUUUAUGAUUUGAUAUAAUAAAUCCUGAUUUCAAAUCAUAAGUAUACGAUUUCAUAUAAUAAAUAUCAUUAUUUGAUAUCAGUAAAACCAUGAUUUAAUUUAAUAAGUAAUAAGUAACCACGUGACUUGGCACGUGGGUUACUAGCGCGGGAAUAAUCGUAAAGAUGGCGACACAACCAGAUCAGCUAUCGAGGUGAAUCGCUUCUGCGGUCUCUAGAGCCGUAGAAAGGGCGGUUGACCAAGCUUUGGCAUCCCUUCCGAGCCUUCCUGGCAAUUCAGGUUUUGUUCCUGCGACACAAGAGGUAUGUAACAUUGAUGUAUCACUGCUAAAGCAUCCCAGUCGCUGCCGGGGUGAUGACCUGUGUGUCGAUGUGAUUAACAAAAAAAUCAUUAUUGAUGUCUUCCAAGCGCCUCAUCUAUUUCUUACAUGUUGCAAUGUAUUUGCCUAGUCCCUAGGCCUCAUUAUUAUGCGCGGCCGAUGCGUUUCGGGUCACGUGGUCCGAGAAAGUUUUUGAGGCCUAGACAAACUCGGAGAAGUGAGACAUUUUGUCUCACUUGGGGCGGAGCUUUUGGAAGCGGGCGAGCUGUCAAUAACUUUUCCGCGAUGAUGAAAGAUGUCCAGCCGCCACGGAGAUUACGGAGCAUUUUUAUUCUAUGUACGUUUUCAUUGUUGAAAGUCCUUUGGCCUUUCGUAUUCAUUUAUUUCAUUAAACUAAUUUGAACUUUAUCUCAUCUCAAAAACUAUUUGUAGGCUAAGCAAAAUAGCGUCGCAAAAAUUUAUUUGAUCAAGAAUCGGAAGGUAAGCUAAAGAAAUAAGUUUAUAUUUAUUCUUCGAUAUGAAAAGCUAUCUUUCGUUUCUCUAUUUUCUCUUGCUCCUAUAAAUUUCUCGCCAUCAUUUCACUUCGAAAUAUUUUAUGUAAUUUAAUUUUGGGAUUUGGAAGCUUAUCAAACUUAUCGGACAGGCUGUUGAAUUUGGUCUCUAAAUUUGGUAGAAUGUCAACAAACUACUGUUUCAAGUCUUGUUAUCAAUAAAGAAAUAUCAUUUUUAAUUAAUGGUUCAUUUGAAAAUAAACUAAAAGAGAAAUUACUUGCACGUUACAGUAGUAUUCUUUCCGAUUCAAAGUAAUAUUUUGUUCUUUAAUAACAGAAACCAGGUUAGUUAUUUUUACAAUAGUGUCAAUAGUGCCGAUCUUGAAGCGAAGGAUAUUCACGCGCAAAGUUAUUUAUAGAUUUUACCGUGUGAACUUUUCAAAAAUGCAAAACUGCUCACGCAUGCGCACUCCGAGAUUGUCUAGGCGUCUCCCGGCCGUUCGCCUCGGAUACGUCACCGAAAUGCAUUGACCGAGAGGGCCUGGAAAGACGCCGUACAGGGACUAGGCAAGCACUGCAUCAUUAGUUAAGGGGAUUGCACGUUAAUCGGAAAGCUAUGACUAUGACAGGUAAAUCAGUUUCUCGCCUUACUUUGUGAAAUAAAAACAAUCAUUCACUGUAUGUUUUUUUAGUAUGGCUACCAAAAGAACAUAAAAAAAGGAAGCAAACACAUCUAAUCUAACUGACAUGGUAUUAACCAUGAGCCGCAUGUGUCACGCAAUGCGCCAGACAAGCGAAAGGUCCAAAAGUCCUCUUUCCCUCGUAAAUAUAGUCAUAGCUUUCCGAUUAACAUGCAACCCCCUUAACUAAUGAUGCAGUGCAACAUGUAAGAAAUAGAUGAGGCGCUUGGAAGACAUCAAUAAUGAUUUCUUUGUUAAUCACAUCGACACACAGGUCAUCACCCCGGCAGCGACUGGGAUGCUUUAGCAGUGAUACAUCAAUGUUACAUACCUCUUGUGUCGCAGGAACAAAACCUGAAUUGCCAGGAAGGCUCGGAAGGGAUGCCAAAGCUUGGUCAACCGCCCUUUCUACGGCUCUAGAGACCGCAGAAGCGAUUCACCUCGAUAGCUGAUCUGGUUGUGUCGCCAUCGUUGCGAUUAUUCCCGCGCUAGUAACCCACGUGCCAAGUCACGCUGUUAAUUAUUACAUUAAAUCUUGGUUUUGCUGAUAUUAUUAUAUGAAAUCGUAUACUUAUGAUUUGAAAUCAGGAUUUAUUAUAUCAAAUCAUAAACUUAUGAUUUAAAAUCAGAACUUGUUAUAUGAAAUCAUAAACUUAUGAUUUGAAAUCAGGAUUUACUAUAUCAAAUCAUAAAUUAAACGAAUGAUUUGAAAUCAGGAUUUAUUAUAUCAAAUCAUAAACUUAUGAUUUGAAAUCAAUAUUUAUGAUAUCAAAUCAUAAACUUAUGAUUUGAAAUCAAUAUUUAUUAUAUCAAAUCUUAAAGGUAUGAUUUGAAAAAAUAAUUUAUUGUAUCAAAUCAUAAAGGUAUGAUUUGAAAUCAGAAUUUAUUAUAUCAAAUCAUAAACGCAUGAUUUUAAAUAAUAAUUUAUUAUAUCAAAUCAUAAACGCAUGAUUUGAAAUCAACAUUUAUUAUAUCAAAUCAUUGACGUAUGAUAUCAUAUCAGAAAACUUUAUUUAAUAAAUAACGAAAAAAAUGACAAAAUUAAGCUAAAUCAUUUUUUUUACAAACGGCGCCCCAUAUUCUUGACCCUCUGAAUGAGACCGACCUAUUUUGUCUUCUCUAUGUCUACCUACCGCGAUUGAACAAGAAUCUCGCGGAGUUUGUUUCUGCUCAUAACAAUCACAAGAUUUCUAAGGAAGGUAGUAACACUCCGGCCCAGAUCUUUUGGACAAAUCUACAUUUAACAGCCUUUGGAGAAGGCCGGGACCCAAAUGAUGCAUGGAUGGGUGUUAACAUCGACGAGCUUGCUUCCACCAAUUUGCCUCAUGUUCAAGUGCCUCCCACAUCAAACCCCUUGCAUGACACAGAGUACGAAGAACUACAACGUCUCGUUGACCUGUUAACCUCGACUUGUGGUAAAGAACUGUACCGUCGGACGGUUGACUUUGUGGGGAGAAAGUUAUCAAUUCAUUGA